AUAUACAAAAUAAUAUUUUUUGACAGUCCCUGAAAACUUUUGUGGAAUUAAAUUUUAAUACGAAAUUGGCAAACAGCGCGAACGGUUGGAUAGUAAAAAUGCAAAUUGUCUGCACACUGGGCAAGAAAAUAUUUCUAAUUUGUGUGGUUCUAGGGAUCCUAACCGUAGUUGAGAGCCAGCUUUUUGCCUUGACGGGUCCCAAAAAGUGUCACGAUGUGUGUCCCAUGGGCUAUCGGGUGGUCUGUGCCCUGGACGUCCUAGACGGUUGUCUUCGCAGCUUUGCUAGCAGUUGUGUGAUGCGAAUGUACAACUGCAAGUACCAGAAGGAUUAUCGCAUUGUAGCGGAUAGGGCCUGCGAAUUUAUUACCAACGACGAGUUGCAAAGGAUGAAAAUCUAGCGUCCAUUUUCGAAAGCGGAAAGGUGCCACGCUCAGCCGCCGCCAGAGGGCGCCAGCAGUUCACGGCGCACGCGUCGUAUACGCGAUGUGAGGCGCAAGGAACCGCGUGUGGAUGCGAACGGGCAGGAUAUAUACCAGCAGCCACUAAUGCUGUAUUUAUGUGUAACUCUCAACUCUCUAGGCACGCGUCACGUCACCUCCGCGAACGAAAAUUGCCAAUUUUCCUCCGUUAUUUUCCCAGAAAAGCCAUCCUUUUUGUACGACUUCGUUAAUGUUUUAAAUCGCACGCAAUAAAUUAACAAAAAUUGUAGUUUAAGUGUUAGGAGAGCAAGCCGAAAGUGUAUUGUGGCAGUGAUAUUAAACGAAAAAGAAAAAAAGUUGAAAAAAAGAAAAGUCAACGCUGGUUGGCGCAAGUGAAAAUUUGUUUGGGCAGGCAGGAGCAGCACAAAGGAUAUAAUCCGCAUAUACUCGAGUGUUUUUCCUGAGCGCUGAAGGCUGAAAAGUUUUCUCGCUUGGCAAUUCAA